GUCACACACACACACACACACACACACACACACACACACACAGAGAGAGAGAGAGAGAGAGAGAGAGAGAGAGAGAGAGAGAGAGAGAGAGAGAGAGAAGCAUCAUAUUUGCGAUUUCCGUGUGAAGAAGUUCGUUGGAAAGGCAGGCAACUCGUAGAAGUCAAACUUUUUUUGCAGCAGGUCGACGGAGAAGGAAGGAGCUGAGUUCUCUGAAACCGGCGAUUAGCCAUCAAAUGUGUUUGCAUCUCGUCAUCCAUCACUUCUAAUCUACCACCUGUCUCUUAUACACAUCUAGAUGUGUAUAAGAGACAGCAAAGAGAGAGAGAGAGAGAGAGAGAGAGAGAGAGAGAGAGAGAGAGAGAGAGAGAGAGAGAGAGAGAUGGCGAGCGAGGGAGCUGUGGCGGAUCUGAGCGGAGGUGAUGAUACGUGCGCUGCGGAAGCUGUGGGUAGCGACGAGUGUAAGAGCACUGAGGCUGCAGGCGCCGUGACUGUGGAAAACAAGUAUGAAGUGGAGAUCGUGAACAUCGAACGACAAUACACGGUCGGGAUUCGCAAGGUUGUACCUGUUGCGGAAAUUGCGGAGUUCUUCCGUCCGGCAGUAGAAAAUGUCUUGGCCUUUGCUGAGAAGAACAACCUGCCCAAACCGGAAAUGACUUACGGGCGCUACUACAAGUAUGACAAAAAGAUUUUUGACGUUGAGUGCGGAAUCAUUGUCCCAAAGGGUACCAAGGGUCUCGCUGAAGGUCAAGUGUUGUCAAGUCUCAGGAGCGGAGGAGGGGGCAGAUAUGGAAGGAUGCGACAGUCCUCUGAAGACAGCAACAGCCCUCUGAAGACAGCAAGCUACAGUCCGUUCCAAGUCGGAGGAGCGGAGGAGGGGACAAAUAUGGAAGGAUGUGACCAGACUGUUCGGAGAGGGUUUGCAAAAGCUGAAGGUUCUGUUUACAAGAGACGAAGUGUCGCAAGUGGUGAUGUUCGGAUGGUCGUGUCCUCAGGUUAGUUACAGCGGCACUACCUUUCAUGACUGCUCUGGUUUCCAGGGGGUCUGCCUUUUCUAAGUGGGUCUGUUGGAUUGACCAUCUCAUGCAUGGCCACAGUUUUUUUUUUGGUUGUCUUCAGGGGUUGGUUCCAUUUUUCAGCAGCCUGGAGUCGUAGAUGGAGGGGGGGAAGGAAAGAAGGGGGAGAAAGGUUGCUCACUGGCUUUGGGGGUCUGCCUUUUUUUCUAAGUUGGUCUGUUGGAUUGACGAUCUGAUGGCCACAGUUCUUUUUGGUUGUCUUCAGGGGUUGGGUCCCAUUUUUCAGCGGGUCGUGGAAGGAGGGAGGAGAGGAAGGACUUGCGGGGGGGCGGAGAACGAUUGCUCACUGGCUUGUUCAAGCUUUGGAACGCUGAUUCGGAAUCUUUGGACAGGUUUAGCUAGUGCAUAUUGUAC